AAAACGGACAGAGGGCUCAGCCCACCUGCCCCUCUCGAAGCGAGGAUUCUGAGAGGAGGAACUGAUCACAGAACCCGAGGGAAGGAAGGAGGAGAAACCCGAGCACAAAAGGUCAACGCGGUUUUGAGUCCAAGUUGGAGAUGGAGAAGUCUGCAGAAUCACCAGGGCUCCAGCGAGCGGCGGGAGGGAAGCCGGCAGGACUCUGUUCCCUCUGUUUAAAGUCUCCAGAUCCGGAGCGGAGCAGCCCCCCCAUGCUAUCUGCCGACGAUGCCGAGUACCCUCGGGAAUACCGGACCCUGGGGGGUGGGGGCAGCGGGGGCAGCGGGGGCCGGCGCUUCUCCAAUGUGGGGCUGGUGCACACCUCCGAGCGGCGGCACACGGUGAUUGCUGCCCAGAGCCUGGAGGCGCUCAGCGGGCUCCAGAAGGCGGAUGCUGACCGCAAGCGAGAUGCGUUCAUGGACCAUCUGAAGAGCAAGUACCCCCAGCAUGCCCUGGCCCUGCGAGGUCAGCAGGACAGGAUGCGGGAGCAGGUCGGCGGCUGGACCGUGGACCCUGUGUGCCUCCUCAGCUCCCUCUGUUCCCACCUCCACGGCGAUUCCACCCCCUCCGGGGCUGGCCAGCCUGCCCAGCAACCAAACUACUGGAGUUUCAAGACCCGCAGCUCGCGCCAUACUCAGGGAGCCCAGCCAGGGCUGGCAGACCAGGCAGCCAAGCUGUCCUACGCCUCGGCUGAGUCGCUGGAGACCAUGUCCGAGGCCGAGCUGCCCCUGGGCUUCAGCAGGAUGAACCGCUUCCGACAGAGCUUGCCUCUCUCCCGCUCUGCCAGCCAGACCAAGCUGCGCUCACCAGGGGUCCUGUUCCUGCAAUUCGGGGAGGAGACCCGACGCGUACACAUCACGCAUGAGGUCAGCAGUCUGGACACGCUGCACGCACUCAUCGCGCACAUGUUCCCGCAGAAGCUCACCAUGGGCAUGCUUAAGUCGCCCAACACGGCCAUCCUCAUCAAAGACGAAGCUCGGAACAUCUUCUACGAGCUGGAGGACGUCCGGGAUAUCCAGGACCGCAGUAUUAUUAAGAUCUACAGGAAGGAGCCACUGUAUGCUGCUUUUCCUGGCUCGCACCUCACUAACGGGGACCUGCGGAGAGAGAUGGUGUACGCGUCGCGGGAAUCGUCGCCCACGCGGCGCCUCAACAACCUGUCGCCCGCAUCGCACCUAGCAUCUAGCUCGCCACCUCCGGGGCUCCCAUCGGGACUGCCGUCCGGACUGCCGUCCGGACUGCCGUCGGGCUCGCCCUCGCGCUCACGCCUCUCCUAUGCUGGGGGCCGCCCGCCCUCUUAUGCCGGCAGUCCGGUGCACCACGCGGCUGAGCGACUGGGAGGUGCCCCGGCCAGCCAGGGCGUGAGCCCCAGCCCCAGCGCCAUCCUGGAACGGCGCGACGUGAAGCCUGACGAGGACCUGGCAGGCAAAGCAGGCGGCAUGGUGCUGGUGAAGGGCGAGGGCCUCUAUGCUGAUCCCUAUGGGCUUCUGCACGAGGGCCGCCUGAGCCUGGCCGCCGCGGCGGGGGACCCGUUCGCAUACCCGGGCGCAGGUGGCUUGUACAAACGGGGAUCGGUGCGCUCGCUCAGCACCUACUCUGCCGCCGCCCUGCAGUCCGACCUGGAGGACUCGCUGUAUAAGGCAGGCGCUGGUGGCCCUCUCUACGGCGAUGGUUAUGGCUUCCGCCUGCCGCCUUCGUCGCCGCAGAAGCUGGCCGACGUGUCGGCGCCCUCUGGGGGACCCCCGCCCCCGCACAGCCCCUACUCGGGGCCGCCCAGCCGUGGCUCGCCGGUACGCCAGUCCUUCCGCAAAGACUCGGGCUCCUCGUCGGUCUUUGCCGAGAGUCCCGGAGGCAAGGCCCGCAGCACUGGGAGCGCCUCGACGGCCGGAGCACCACCUUCCGAGCUUUUCCCUGGACCUGGGGAGCGCUCUCUAGUAGGAUUUGGGCCGCCGGUGCCAGCCAAGGACACAGAAACCAGGGAACGCAUGGAGGCCAUGGAGAAGCAGAUCGCUAGCCUCACGGGGCUGGUGCAGAGCGCGCUCCUGCGAGGCUCAGAGCCCGAGACCCCAAGUGAGAAGAUUGAAGGAUCCAAUGGAGCAGCCACCCCUUCAGCACCAUGCGGAUCGGGUAGUCGAAGCAGCGGGGCCACGCCGGUGUCGGGCCCUCCCCCACCCUCGGCCAGCGGCACCCCUGCAGGGCAGCCCACUGCUGUCAGCCGGCUGCAGAUGCAGCUACAUUUGCGGGGCCUACAGAACAGCGCUAGCGACCUGCGUGGCCAGCUUCAGCAGUUGCGCAAGCUCCAGCUCCAGAACCAGGAAUCAGUACGCGCGUUGCUGAAGCGCACCGAGGCGGAAUUGAGCAUGCGUGUGUCGGAGGCGGCGCGGCGGCAGGAGGACCCGCUGCAGCGGCAGCGCACCCUGGUGGAGGAGGAGCGGUUGCGUUACCUCAAUGACGAGGAGCUCAUUACUCAGCAGCUCAAUGACCUAGAGAAGUCAGUGGAAAAGAUUCAGAGGGAUGUGGCCCAUAACCACCGGCUGGUACCUGGUCCUGAGCUGGAAGAGAAGGCGCUGGUGCUGAAGCAGCUUGGGGAGACGCUAACAGAGCUCAAGGCUCAUUUCCCAGGCCUGCAGAGUAAGAUGCGCGUCGUGCUGCGUGUGGAGGUGGAGGCAGUGAAGUUCCUGAAGGAGGAGCCUCAGCGCCUAGACGGACUUCUCAAGCGCUGCCGGGGGGUCACUGACACGCUGGCCCAGAUCCGCAGGCAAGUGGAUGAGGGUGUGUGGCCACCCCCCAACAAUCUGCUAAACCAGUCUCCCAAGAAAGUGGCAGCUGAAACAGACUUCAGCAAAGGCUUGGACUUUGAAAUACCACCCCCCAGCCCUCCGCUGAAUCUCCAUGAGCUGAGUGGGCCUGCCGAAGGAGCCCCUCUUACCCCAAAGAGCAGUAACCCCACCAAAGGCCUGGAUGCUCCCGGCAAGAGAAGCGUGGACAAAGCUGUGUCUGUUGAGGCUGCUGAGAGAGACUGGGAAGAGAAGCGGGCAGCCCUGACCCAGUACAGCGCCAAGGACAUCAACCGGCUGCUGGAGGAGACACAGGCUGAGCUGCUCAAGGCCAUCCCUGACCUGGACUGUGCCAGCAAAGCCCACCCAGGACCCACCCCCACCCCAGACCACAAGCCCCCCAAGGCGCCCCAUGGUCAGAAGGCAGCCCCCCGGACAGAGCCCAGUGGGAGAAGAGGUUCAGAUGAGCUCACGGUGCCCAGAUACCGCACAGAGAAGCCUUCCAAGUCGCCCCCGCCACCCCCUCCCCGCCGGAGUUUCCCUUCCUCCCACGGCCUGACCACCACACGCACUGGAGAGGUGGUGGUCACCAGCAAGAAAGACUCAGCCUUCAUCAAGAAGGCUGAGUCCGAGGAGCUGGAGGUCCAGAAGCCCCAGGUGAAGCUCCGCCGGGCCGUGUCUGAGGUGGCCCGCCCUGCCUCCACACCACCCAUCAUGGCCUCUGCCAUCAAGGAUGAAGACGAUGAGGAGCGCAUCAUCGCUGAGCUGGAGGUCUUUGAAAGAAGUUCAGUAUCUUCCCUUCCCCCUACGCCCCGUCGCCAGCCGAUCCCCAUCUUGCUGUCCCCCCAGGACCUGGGGUCCCCUGGGGGCUCAGCUCUGGGCUCCCCAUGGAAGGCUGCCUCAGGUCCCAGGGUUCUUUGUAUCCCUGAGAUCAUCUUGACAGAAUGCACUUCCGGCUCUCCCUCUCUGCCAGAGAGUAGCUUAGAGGACCUGGGCCCCAGGACAGUCCCCACACCAAGACCCCGGACCUUGGCCAACAGCAGAAGGGCUUGCCAUGGCCCACAGGCCUUGCUGGGACUAGCUGCUGAGGUACUCUGGUCCAGGAGCAGCUCGCUGUCCAGACAGGAACAGACAAUUCUACGGAGCCCACACAAUGCAGAAGCUGGAGUUCUCUGUCCUUGGGGACCAUCGCUAAAUGAGACUCGGACUGCUGAGACCCACUCAGAGGAGACCCCUCAAAACUCUGAAUGUGAUGGUCAAGCUUGCAGUAGAGGACAACAGGCCGUCGGCGCAGGCCACCCAGUACAGGAUGCUACCCCACUGCGCAUGGACAGUCUGGAGGAGACGCUCCAGGAACUAGAAGCCACCCUGAGCGAGAUGGGCGCCAACACCGCUCUGACGUGUCCAAGCAGCCCCCAGCCCCCACCCUCAUCCCCUCAGAGUGGUGGUGGCACCGUGCCACCCAUGAAGGUGGUGACUCCAGGAGCCUCUCGGCUGAAGGCAACCCAGGGCCCAGCAGGCAGCCCCGACAAAGGCAAGCACAGCAAGCAAAGGGCCGAGUACAUGAGGAUCCAGGCCCAGCAGCAGCCCCGGUGCUUUGGAUCUGGUAUAGACGUGAGUCCCUGAGUUCACAGCCAGUUUUCUGCUCAAGGACAGAGGAGCCUUGCUCCCUGCCUGUGCAGUGCCUGCCCUGUGCAGAUUUCACUCCCUUCCACAGUGGCUGGGUCACUUCUAAAGCCAGCCCGUACCGCAGCUAUCUUACCCUCCUGCCCGCUUGGCCUCUGUGCAUGGCUCCCACCUGUUCGGCACCUUUCAUUCCGCCCUCAGCUCAGGAAGAAGCUGCUUUUGCGCCCGCCCGUGUUUCAGUCACAGGUUGGUGGUGGGCUCAGCUGACCUUUGGAAGGGUAGAUGAGGUGUGGUAGGAAUCCUGCAGGUGCAACAACCCCUUGGGGUUCCCUUUUUGGGUUUGGAGUUGACAGACUUUGCCCAUGGUGCUUGUGACCCUAGAGCCUGCUUGUGUGGUCCGCCUGGUUGGAGAGUGGAGGAGGCCCUGGAUGUAGCUGUAGAGAGCCCUUCAGUGCGUUUGCUCAGUUCAGAACCUCUCCUGAGUGCUUCUUGUGUGCCAGGCCUGUUUGAGGUCCCAGGAGGGCCUUAUUCUGUCCAGAUGGAGACCCUAAGCUCGGAAGUAGAAGGUUAGGGAUGGCCAAGGCUGGCUGUGAGGUUGAGCCUAUAGCAGAAGAAAGACCUGCACAGCAAAUAGUAUUAGAGCCAAGACUGACCUAGCUAUCUUAAAGCCCAUCCACCAUAGACCCCAGAUAACCCUAGUACACAAGCCUUACCUACCUGUUGCCUCCUAGGAAGACAGGCGCUCAGUCCUCUCUAGACCUCUCCAUAGGGUGGGGCAAGGCCACCAAGGGCCACACAGGCUUUCUUUCUCUCACUACCCUAGGUUAUGUGGCUGUCUAGACACCCCCCAUAUCUGUGCCACUGUAGACUCUACCUGGGUUGGUAUUUCCCACCCCCAGCUCUCCCAUCAGCCCUCCCUGGUUCCUUUGUGAACCUUGAAAGCUUGUUGGAAGGUUUGAGCUGGAGAGUACAUCUGCUUGUAUGCCCUUGGCCCAAGGAUCCUCUUCUAUGGAGGAAAAGCUACCGGAGAAGGUUGUCCUCUUAGACCAACCGUGCAGCCCUGGGAGGGAGGGAUAUGGAGCUGUGAGGAUGGAGGGACACCCACCUAGCCAGACAGAUGAGCUAAAUCAGCCCCGAGGGCCAAUGAGGUGACAGAUGUCACAGACAGGUCACUGUCUUAUACCUGGCUCCUUUCUGUUCCUGCUUUACUCUGCCUGCCUGGGCCACUGCGGUGGGCGCCUCCCCUCCACCCCUUCUCCGUCAGCGUCUCCAGCUCUUCCACUGUCUAGUCAUGACACAUCUCUCCAACCUGUGUCUUCCCCAGGUGUCCCCCCAGAGCCACUGCCCAGCUCCCAAACCCCACAACUGCUGGACGCCACUGGUCCCUUCCUGCCCCUCCCCAUCCAAGCAUGGGCCUCUGUCCCACCCUGCUGCCCUUUUGCCAGCUGUUCCUGUCACUCAUGUUGUGCCUGGGUUUGCCCUUUCAAAACAUUGCUUUCUGGCAAAGCAAUAGAUGUUUCUUGGGAAGAUUUUUAAAUAAAGGCAGCAGUAAAGAAGCAGAUAUGGGAGGUUUGGCUUAGCAGAAGAUUCCCUGCCUGCUAGUGGGGAGACCCCAGGUUUGAGCCCCCAGUACUGCAGGAAAACAAAAAAUUAGAAAACCAAACCAGACCAUGUCACCACCUAAUUCGUCAUCUUCUAAGGUCGUCUCUGUGACUACUGUCACCUCUUAUCCGUUCUCUAAGACCUGUGAGGACUUUCUAAAAUGCGUUUUUGAUGAUAGCUUACACACAAAGCUGUUUGAAGUCGGUGUCCUCAAACCCAGGCUGAAUCCCUUCACUGCUGGCCUGGGCCCUUCAGCUGCUCAGUCCUCACGGCUGGUCCUCCGCUGGGCUCUGCUCCAUGUGCACAUGCUCCGGCCGCCUGGAUCACUAAGACAAGGUCUCUCUCAGUUUCCCAAGCAGACCCUGAGCUGUGGAUUCUGCCUCAGCAUCCUGAGUAGAUGGGAUGACAGGCCUGUGGCACUAAGCCUGACCUCAGAGCUCCCACGUUGAUGAGAUGAAGAGAAUCGGAAGUGGUGGGGACCAGGGAAACCGAGGCAAAGGGGAAAUUCCGAGAGGGCCCUGAAUGGCAACAGGCGUGACAGAGGCACCGAGGUGGCCGGAAGAGCCCUUGCGUGCUGUGCAUAGGACCUAAAGUGGGUGGGGUGGAGGAGUCCAGGACUUGGAAUAGAUGUGAAACCGUGGACACUUCCUGUAGGCCAGCCACUUACUCUGUCUCUUUUAGUGGCUCACACGAAGGCACCACCAGAGAGCUGAGGGAACAGAGACCAGGGACUAGUACUAACCGGAGCUGUGAGCACCCUAGGGGGAGAGAGGAGGAGAUAACCUCACAGAGGCAGCUCCCUUAGUCCCUUGGUAGCACCAGGAUGGCCUGGCUAAGGAGGCCAGCAGGGCUUGCGGCUCCAGCUUGAUCCAGCCCCCUAGGGGACUCUUGAGUCAGAGCCUGGAGAGACAGGUGUCCUAGAGUAGCCUGAGAAUCUGGUGCAGAGUGGUCUAGCAGGGGAGGGUGCUGCCAUGUACCCCGGGUCCAGAAGUGUCCCGCUUCUCCCAGAGGAAAGCUGAAUCUCUCCGAGGCCUCUGUCUGUCCCAGAGGUUCUGCUUCUUUUAACAAAAUCAAGACCCAUGGGUGUAAGGAGGGGCUGGAGAGAUGACUCAGUGGUAAAGAGCAAUUACUACUCUCACUGAGGACCCAGGUUCAGUUCCCAGAGCCCAUAUAGUGGCUUAUGACAAUCUGUGGCUCCAGUUGCAGGGGAUCUGGUGCCCUCUGCUGAACUCCAUGGGCACCAGGAACGGACAUGGUGCACAAACAUACAUGCAGGCAAAACAUACAUACACGUAAAAUAAAAAUAAUAAAUCUUAAAAAAUAAAACAACAACUCACAGGAGACCAUUGGCAGGUGACAUGGAUGUGACGGGAACCCUCAGAGACCGGAUAACUCCGAGCAGCAUAGAGUUGCCAAGCAACCUGUUCCCUUUGCUUUAGUGGAUCUCGGAUGGAGUUGCAAGCCAGGGUAUCCCCAGAUGGAAGCUGGUUCUUGAGAACUCCAUAAAACAUGAAAUCACAGAUGGUCUCCAUGAGGAGGUACUGGGGAGACAUCCCCAUAAAUGUGUGGAUGCAGCCAGGCAGUGGUAGCGCACACCUUUAACCCCAGCACUCAGGAGGCAGAGGCAGGUGGAUCGUUGUGAGUUCGAGGCCAGCCUGGUCUAGAGAGCCUCUGCUUCCCAAGUGCUGGAGUUAAAGGUGUACAUUACGGUCACCUGGCUUAAUUUUUUAUUAAUGUACACGUGUGUGAGCCUAAGUCAGUUGGUAUGUACCUGGGAGCCACUUGUGUGCAGGAACUCAUAGAUGCCAGAAAAGGGCGUUAGAACCCCUCAGGCUAGAGUUACAGGGGGCUGAGUUCCCAGCCCUCAGGUCCUUCGCCAGAGCAGAAGCACUCAACCUUUGAGCUGCCUCUCCAGCUUGGAGUUAUAAGUUUAAGUGGGGAAGUGAAGGCAGAAGGGGGGGCGUGGCAGAACCCAGCUCAAGGCAAUUAGCAGAGAGCCCUUAAGUGCCUGUUUUGAGUUUGUUUCAAGGUCCAGGAGGGCCCGGUCGCACCUGGCCCGUGGCAAUGGACAAAGAAUGCCGUGGGGGGGUAGGACCCUGCCUGAUGGUGAGGGCCACAGUAGAGGAUCCACUGCUGAAUCCACAGCUUGCUUUGAUUCUUCUGAAGGGGAAGGGAAGUCUUGGGUACCAGCUGACACUUUGGUAAAGCCUGUAUGAGUCACUGGUGGGCCACUUGUCCGCCUGCCGAAGAGAACACAGUUACCAGCAAUGUCGCGACCUCCUGCCUUCCUCUGCCGUAGGCAGGGCUUACUGGAGGUGGUAGCAUUCCACCCCAGGGUACUUGGGAGAGCCUUCCUAGCAGCUGGGUGGCUCCAUAGGUCUUAGGGGAGGACAGGCCCAGCGUUGAUCUUGGGAGCCUCCUCUUCACUCCUUUUCCUUACAGUGGCUUUUGUCACGGGUUUGUCACUGGUUUGGUUUGUUGCGAUGGUCUCACUAUAUAGCCCAGACUGGGUUGGAAUUUGCU